AUGAUUUUUGGUUUUAUCAUUACUGUUCUUAUCGUACUAGUAUGUAUCUGGAAGUACUUUUUGGACAAAAAAGGAGGCAAACAGAAGGUUAAGGUGGAGUAUCCUCGUGGACCACCGCCGUUUCCCGUUGUUGGAAAUUUUCCACAGGUAAUUAAUCUUUCAAAGUCCAAGAGUAGUUUCAUAUUAAAAGUGUAAUUUAUAGAUUGAUGUGUCAACUCCGCACAAAACAAUGUUAGAAUGGAAAAAACGUUACGGAGAAGUCUACACUGUCUAUCUUCCUCAGCCUGUCGUUGUGUUAGCCGGAACCAAAGCCUUAACUGAAGCCUUAGUAGCUAAAGGUAUAUACCGGUGAUACAUUUAAUAACGUUGAGUUUUCAAAAAUCACAAUUUUAAAAUAUAAUUUUUCAGGAGAUUACUUUGCUGGUCGGCCAACCACUUUCCUCUAUACACUAUUUACCCAACAUUCUUCUGAUGGCGAUGGCAUCAUUUUGUGCCGUGGUCCAAAAUGGCAAGCCCAACGCAGAAUUGCAUUACGAGCAUUCAGAGGCUUUGGAAUGGGCAAAAGAAUCAUGGAAGACAGAAUCAUGCAUCAUACACAAGUGAUGGUACAACGUGCUUCAUUUUUAAUCAAGAAGAACGAUAACGGCUUGGUGACUGAUCUUCAUUACCCAUUGGCGUACUGUUUUGGCAACAUCAUACACGACCUGGUGAUGGGAACAAAGUUUGAACAUGAUGACGGAGAAUUUUUUAGAUUCAAGAGGCUACUGGACAACACGCUUGAAGGGGUUUGAUUAUAUGUUAUUUCUAGCUUUAAAUUUGAUUUUAAAAUGUUAUUCACCGUGCAAUUUUUGAGUUUUGUGUGCCAGUGCAAGUUUUCACUUAAAUCUUGUUCAAACCAGGGUAGUUUAGGUAGCCAGCGUGGAAAUGUUGUUGGUCAACUCCUUCCCUUGGAUGAGAUUCAUGUUGCCCAGAUUCCAUCGUUAUGUUGAAGAAGGUUUCGCCCUACAGAAUUUCUUUAAAAACGAAAUUGAGAAGCACGAAAAAGUACUGAAGGUAGACGAAAAGCCAGAAAAUUUUAUUGAUUAUUAUCUGAAGGCUAUGAAGGAUGAACAACAACCUUAUCUUAGGUAAGAAUAAGUUAACUUAUAAGCGAUUGUGUUACAGUAAAUGGAGCUGUGCGAUCAAUUCUGGUGAUUUAUGGACCGGAGGACUAGAAACAGUAGUAACAACCAUAAGAUGGGCUAUCAUAUACAUGAUCCAUUAUCCGGCGGUGCAAAAGAAGAUGCAAGAUGAGUUGGAUACGGUGAUUGGUAGAAGAUUCUUGACACUAUCGGACCGCGUUAAUACGCCGUAUUUUCAUGCUGCUUUGGAUGAAAUCCAGCGAAUGGUCAAUGUUUUGCCGUGGCAUAUACCACAUACUUGUGAUAAGGAAGUAAGCUUUAUGAUAUUAGGCUUAAAACAAUAUUAUGAUAAUUUGGUAUAUCCUAAACUACAUAAGAUCGUUCAUGAUUAUCACACUACAACUUCAAUAUUAUAGGUAUCAGUAUGUGGAGUGCUAAUCCCGAAAGGAGCGGUGGUAAUGCCUCAGCCGGGUGUGGUAUUUCAUGACCCGGAAAUCUUUUCCUCUCCUGACACUUUUCGGCCAGAACGGUUCAUCGACCGUAAGGGUCGUUAUCGACCACAUCCGGCUUUGAAUCCGUUUGGCAUCGGGAAGAGAGCGUGUCCUGGCGAAGCGUUGGCCAGAAUGGAACUGUACCUAGUACUGGGUAGUAUUAUUCAAGAUCUGGAAUUUCGCGUUGACCCAAGGCUGGGAAAACCGUCGCUAGAACGAUGCCCUGGAAUGACGUCGGUUCCGAAGCCUACCUCUUACAUGAUCGUUCAAAGACACGAAAAGUUACUGUGUGAAGAGUUGGGUCUGAGUUUUUUGAAUUUAAAGUAA